AUCUCGUGGAAGUGGUUCCGGACCUCGGCUGCUCACUUUGGAGGGAUCUUUCCAAAGCUGUUGGGGUCAAUCUCGGCCCGUGUUGAAACGUGACAGUUUCGCCCAUAACAUUAAAACACCAACCCCAGGCUGCAUUCAACAUCCGGUUCAUGAUCAAUAUUCCUAUCUGUCUCAAUUGUUUAGUGGGAUUGAUGACGCUAGUAGCAACUGCACCAUGUUGACCUCACGAGAAGGAUUCACAGUCGAUGUAAUUGCCAGAUGGCUCCGAAAAUCAGUCCUCAAUCCAUACCUCUCGAUACCGCUUGCAACAGGGCUGGCGGUGGUAUCAGCAAGAAAGAACGGAACGGUCGGACUCUCAGACAUCAGAUUUGACACCGCUCAGCGCGUUGCGUUCCUCGCGGCUCUAGCAAGCUUUGUCCUAUCAACUACCGAGUAUCUGAACAAGUGGUCGGCAAACAACUGGACGACGGACCACACAUGGGAUUUUGACAAAGAAAUCAUCGUUGUUACCGGCGGCAGCAGCGGUAUUGGUCACAGUAUCAUCAAACAUAUUUUGGCCAGAAACCCGCGUGCAAAUAUUGUUGUUGUCGACCUGGCUCCGUUACUAUGGGAGCCUCCGAAAGGCUCCAACAUUCACUUCUUCAAGUGUGAUUUGACCGACACGAAGGCGCUCAAGACUCUUUGCACGUUGAUCCGAACUCAAGUCGGUGAUCCCACCGUUCUCAUCAACAAUGCGGGAAUCGCGCGGGGCUAUAGCAUCAUGGAAGGCUCGUACGCAGACGUUGAGUUGACCAUCAAGACAAACUUGCUCGCGCCGUUCCUGCUUACGAAAGAAUUCUUGCCGUACAUGGUUCGCACCAAUCAUGGCCAUAUUGUCAACGUCGGGUCAAUGAGUUCAGUGGUUCCCCCAGUGAGAAUUGCUGACUACUCAGCCACCAAGGCUGGACUCACCGCGAUGCAUGAGUCACUUCAACUUGAGCUGAAGUACAUUCACAAAGCGCCCAAAGUUCGCCAAACGCUUGGAAUCUUUGGCUUCAUCCGAACGCCGCUGGUUCCCUUUGACCCCGGUCAGCCUCAUUUUAUGAUGCCGCUGCUUCAUGUUGACUCAGUGGGAGAGGCCAUCGUGGACUCACUAUACAGUGGCUUCGGACGGACGAUCUAUCUGCCCGGUAUCAUGUCAUCUGUGACAGCCCUGCGGGCUGGUCCCGAGUGGUUAUGGCGUCUUGCAAGGGAAACUACUGCGAGCGCGAAAGAUAUCGCGUAUACGCCAAGGCAAAAGAUUGAUGACACAACUGGUCAAUUUGAGAUGGUAGAACCUGCGGAGAAGUGAGUGUGUUGGACGGACUUUGUUUGCCAUUUUCUAGAUGUAGUGAGACAGAAAAAAUAAUGAACAACCUCAACGUGCCCAAAUAUGAGUAUGAUUGAGGAUCACCAAC